AUGAAGAACUGGACAGAGGCUCAGAGAUACUGCAGAGAUAAUCACACUGACCUGAUCAGUGGAGUCAAACAGCUAGAAGACUUCAAGAGACAGCACCCGGAUUAUGCAACGUGCCCGAGUACUAGAAACACGUGCCCUUUCUGGAUCGGCCUGUUCAGAGACUCUGACUGGAGUUGGUCAGAUGGGAACAAUUUCUCUUUCAGAUCCUGGAAUAAUGCUAAACCUAAGGAUAAACAAGACCCUAAGAAGCUAUGUGCUAUGACUACGUCAAAUGGAAAUUGGAGCUCUGCUGACUGUAAUGAAACCAAACCCUUCUUCUGCUACGACGAUUCAGUGAUCCUGAUCAAGAAGAACAUGACCUGGGUGGACGCGUUAUACUACUGCAGAGAUCACUAUCGUGACCUUGUCUCCAUCACCAACCAGGGCGAGCAGCUCUGGGUCCAGGAGAGAGCCAAGACGGCCUCCACUCCCUACGUGUGGCUGGGACUGCGCUACACCUGCACUCUGGACUUCUGGUUCUGGGUCACUGACGAGACGGUCCUCUACAAGAACUGGGGCCCCGGCCAGUCUGGGGACGACUGCAACAUGUCUGGAGCCAUGGACAGAGAGGGAACGCACCAGUGGGUCAAAAAAGACGACGACGAAACACCAGUUUAAUUUCAUCUGUUCCAAGUAAAAACCAGCAGAAUGAAACUAAGUACAUUUACUCAAGUACUGUACUUUAGUAAUAAUGCUGUUGAGAUGAGGUACUUUAC